AUGAAAAAAGCAAAUUUGUUCAAAGAUGAAACAGAAAAAGCUAUUGUUCAUUUCAUUGUGUAUUUUAUAGGUAUAUUACUAAUAUUAUGUGUAUAUUAUAAUUAUAUAAUUUUUAAAUAUUACUUUUAUUCUUUAUUCUGGGCAUUUAUCAUUUCUAUUCCUUUACAUCAUGUUAAAGUGAAGUUAUCAGAAUUUUUAAAGAAAAAGAUUAUAAAAAAAAAAAAAUAUAUAAAAUCUAUAAAUGCAAAGAAUAAGUCAAAUGAUGAACUAAACAAAAACGUGAAUGAAAAAGGAGACAAUAACAAAUACGAUGAAAAUGAAAAUGAAGAUAAACUAUUAAAGCUUAUUAAUGAGAAAAAUUUAAGUAAAGAAAAUAAAAAUUUAUUUAAAGAUAUUAAAAGAAGAGAUAAAAAUAAUAUAAACAAUGAAAAUAAUAAAGAAAAUUUUUUUCUAAAUUAUGUGGAGAACAUACAAGAAAAAGAUGUGUUAUUAAAAAAUAAAGGAGAUAGUAUAUAUAAAAAAAGUUUUUAUAAACUAGUGGAAAACAUUAGAAAAGAGUUAGAUAUAUACACGUAUAUAUUUUUUUUAAUAAUAAAGCCAAUAUAUAAAGAAGAAAAAAAAGACAAUAAUAAUAAUAGUUUUAAUAAUUAUGAAAAUGGAAAUGCAAGCGAAAUUUAUUUUUUAAUUUUGCAUAGAAUUAUAUUUUUUUAUAUUCUAAAAAGCGUAUUUUAUAAAUAUAAAGAGUUUUUGUUAUCUAUUUUUAUUUGUGUUUUUUUUGUUUUUGUUUUUUAUAAAAUUAUAAAAAUAAUAUGGUUUCUGUAUUUUUAUAAAAUAUUUAGAAAAUAUUAUCAGAAAUAUUCUUUCUAUUUCUCCUUUGAUUUUUCUUUUAUUUAUAAACGUUAUAUGAAUGAUAUAUUAACAAUUCUGAUCAUUAUCUUUGCAAUUAUUAUUUUUGCUUCUAUUUCAGUUUUCUUUAUUUUCAAUAUAUAUGGAGAAUCCGUGUUUAUAAUUAAUUCAAUUAACAAUUAUCUUUCAGUGAAUUUUAAGAAUGCAUCCAUUAUUAAAAAUUUUAAAAAAUUUUAUAGAAAGAGAGGAAAAGAUGACAUUGAAAAUUUAUAUGAAUUAGUCAAUUUAACAAAAUUACCUUUUCUAAGUAAUAAUACAAUUUCAUCUAUUUAUGGUCAUCUAAAAAGGGCUUUUGAUAUAUACGAAAAUAUUUAUUCAUAUAAUUUUACGAAAAAUAAGAUUUCUAUAAACACUUGUUGUCUGCCAUUAUUUAUUGAAAGGUUUAAUAUUCUUAAGGAGAAUAGUUUAAGCAAUAUAAAAAGAUAUAUACAUUUUUUAAAUGAAAGAAAAAACUUCAUUUUUCAAAAGUACAAUAAUUGUGAUAAUGAAGUAUGCUUACAUAAUGAUGAAAGUGACGCACAUAACUUUCUUAAUGUAAAAAAAUUAUAUCAUAAUUUUACUAAAGAUAAAUCUUCUUUAAAUAAUAAAUCAGAAACUAUUACAGAAAAUUAUCAUGAAACAAAUAAUGCUAAUAAAAAAUUAUUUAAAACCAAUUUUGAUAACCUAGGAGAAAAUGAUCAAACAGAAAAAGAAAAAUAUAAUUUAUAUGAAGAUUCAAACGAUAUAGGAGAAAAUAACUUAUACAAUAAGAAAAUGAAAAAAAAAGAAAAGAAAGGGAUAUAUAAUAAUGAUUUAAAAAAAUUAAAUAAUUCAGGUAGUGAAGAAAAUAAUAAAUUAAUGGUAAAAUUAUAUGAUCCUAUAAAAGAGAAAAACUUUAAGUUUAAAGAAUUUAUAAAUUAUAUAUAUAAUGUAUUUUUAUCAUUGAAAAAAAUAGAGGAUAUUGGUAAAUUAGCAAAAGUUCUUAUAUUUAAUAAUAGUUAUGGAUUAUUAAAAAUAAUGAUUUUUUUUAUAUUAGUAUUCUUUAAUUUUUUUAUGUUUACAUUCGAUGCAAUAGUUCAAGCAUUCAUAUUUUUUACUGCUUUAUAUUAUCUAAUAUCAUCGAAAAAAUCAGUAUUAAACUAUUUAAAAGAUAUCCUAUUAGUAGUUGAUCCAUCUAGUAUUUUCUUUCAUAAUAUAACAAAAAAUUUAAAAGCUAUCAUUAUAUGCACAUUAAAAAGAAUAUAUUUUUAUACAUUGUACAUAUGGUUGAUAUUUUCAUUUUUUCAAUUUCCUAUAAUUUACGUUCCAACUUUAUGUUGCAUAAUUUUGUCAUUAAUUCCAGUUAUAUCACCAGAAAUUAUUAUCUUAAUUAUUAUUUUACAUUUAUGGAUUAUAAAAAAACAAAAAAUUGUAUCAUUAAUAUUAUUUAUAAUCAAUUUUUUUAUAUAUUGGUAUUUUACAACAACUAUUUAUAAAGAAAUUCCACAUACACAUUCUUGGCUAGUCUCUCUUUCUUUGUUCUUGUCUAUCAGCACAUUUGGAUCGAAAGGUUUGAUUUUAGGGCCAUUAAUUGGAUCUAUUCCAUUAAUUUUACACCAGAUAGCCAUUAAUAAAAAUAAAUCAAUUCAUUUGAAGAAAAAAAAAAAAAAAAAAUUAAACGAAAAAGAAAAAGAAAAAGAAAAAAGAAGAAAGAAAAAAAAUAAAAGAAAUCAAGAAAUUAAAAAGUAUUCUCAUAAACGUUUACAAAAUAAAUUUAAUAGAUAUCCUAAUAUUAUUAGAUAUUCUGAAAAAAAAUGUAGAGAAUUUAAAAAAGAGAGAAGAGAAAAAAUAUUUUUGUGGAAAAAUAAAUUUGUUAAUUUAUAUAAAUUAAUAGAAAUUAAUAAAAAUAAUAUGAGUACAAAUAAAGAAGAAGAUAAAAGAAAAAGUUGUAUAAGUUACAGUGACACUACUUUAAAAAAAAGAGUAUCGCCUUUUCAGAAACAUAUUUGUGAAGAUCAUAUGUGCAAAGACGAAAAUAAGAUAGCUCUUUAUAUUUAUAAAAGAAACAAAGAAAAAAAUAAAGAAAAAAAAAUUAUCCAUAAUUUAAUAUCAAAAAAAAUUAAAAAUAAAAACAAAAAAAAAAUGCCUUAUAAAAAAUCAAAGAGUUUAAUAUACUUUUAUGAUCAAUUUCAACAAAAUUUGAAUUAUUUUUUUUCAUGUAUAACAAAUAAUACUUAA